AUGCUCCGAUUACAAGCACGGGGCCGGAUGCCCAACUGCUUCAAAAGACUGCUUUUCCCAUUGUCCUGUCGAGCUCUCUCCGCAACUCCAUACCCAUAUUCAUCUUCGUCCUCACAGGAGAAGAAGCUCAACAGUGUUUCCCAACAUGUAACGCAACCCAUUUCCCAAGGUGCCUCACAGGCCAUGCUUUACGCUACGGGCCUAAUGCCGGAGGAUAUGUCGAAAGCUCAAGUUGGCAUCUCUAGCGUCUGGUACAACGGAAACCCCUGCAACAUGCAUCUCCUCGAUCUCAGCAACCGUGUGCGCGAAGGUGUGCAAAAGGCGGGACUCAUAGGUUACCAGUUCAACACUGUUGGCGUCAGUGACGCUAUCAGCAUGGGUACGUCAGGUAUGCGGUACAGUUUGCAGAGUCGGGAUCUCAUCGCGGACUCGAUUGAGACGGUCAUGGGUGGUCAAUGGUAUGAUGCUAACAUCAGCAUCCCCGGGUGUGACAAGAAUAUGCCUGGCGUGGUUAUGGCAAUGGGAAGAGUAAACCGGCCAAGUUUGAUGGUUUAUGGCGGAACAAUUAAGCCCGGGUGCGCGGUAACCCAAAACAACGCCGAUAUCGACAUCGUGUCUGCGUUCCAGGCUUACGGCCAAUUCAUAACUGGUGAGAUCACUGAGGCUCAGCGAUACGACAUCAUCCGACAUGCUUGCCCUGGCGGUGGUGCUUGUGGGGGGAUGUACACUGCAAACACCAUGGCGUCUGCGAUCGAAGUUAUGGGAAUGACGUUACCGGGAUCUUCAUCGAACCCUGCAGAAUCCAAAGCCAAGGAUCUAGAAUGCCUGACGGCUGGGGAAGCAAUUAAAACCCUUCUCAAGGAGGAUAUCCGUCCCACUGACAUCUUGACGCGCCAGGCCUUUGAAAAUGCAAUGGUUCUUGUCAACAUCACCGGCGGCUCCACCAACGCAGUGCUCCAUCUGAUCGCUAUAGCUGACUCUGUCGGAAUUAAACUCACAAUUGACGAUUUCCAGUCAGUCAGUGACCGCAUCCCCUUCCUCGCAGAUCUCAAGCCUUCCGGUAAAUAUGUUAUGGCCGAUCUUCAUACAAUUGGUGGUACUCCCUCAUUACUCAAGUUCCUCUUGAAGGAGGGUCUCAUCGACGGCUCUGGAAUUACCGUGACUGGUCAAACCCUGGCCAAGAACCUCGAGAAGGUUCCUGAAUUCCCUUCAGAUCAGAAAAUCAUUCGACCCCUCAACAACCCCAUCAAGAAAACUGGGCACAUCCAGAUCCUCCGCGGAAGCCUCGCCCCUGAAGGCAGCGUCGGCAAAAUUACAGGAAAGGAGGGUACCAAGUUCACUGGCAAGGCGAAGGUCUACGAUCAUGAAGACGAUUUUAUUACCGCAUUAGAACAGAAUGAGAUUUCGAAGGACGAGAAGACAGUCGUGGUAAUUCGUUACACUGGGCCCAAGGGUGGUCCGGGAAUGCCUGAAAUGCUCAAGCCUUCCUCCGCCCUUAUGGGCGCGGGGCUAGGUUCAUCCGUCGCCUUGAUCACAGACGGCCGUUUCAGUGGUGGCUCUCAUGGCUUCCUGAUCGGCCACAUCGUUCCCGAAGCCGCAGUCGGGGGCCCUAUUGCGCUCGUCCACGAUGGCGAUGUCAUCACCAUUGACGCCGAAAAACGUUUGCUCGACCUUGACGUCUCCGAACACAUCCUAGCUCAGCGUAGGAAGGAAUGGGCCGAUAGGGAGAGUAAAGGACUAAAUCCCGUUACGGGAAUGAAAAUGAGAGGGACGCUGGGAAAAUAUGCUAGAUCUGUCAAGGACGCAAGUCACGGAUGCAUCACCGACGCAUUAUAG